AGAGGGGACGCUCACAUCUACAUAAAGAGCAGUAGGCGGCGCGUCAGCGAAAGGCUGUCCAGUUUUAAUGAACAGUGACCACGGGCUCUGUCUUCACCGUGGAAAUAACAGUUUAAUAGUACAGUAACGUAUUCUGUUGGGUGGGCCCCCACCCUCAUUCUGCACUGAAGAGCUGCUUCGACAGAAUUGUGAAUUGGUAGUUCAGUGCGGAAAUGUCCAAAUUAUUCCGGGCUGUAAUCAUGGGUCCACCAGGCUCAGGGAAGGGGACCAUAUCCGAGAGGAUCGCGCACAGUUUCGGCCUUAAACAUUUGUCUAGUGGAGACUUUGUACGAGAAAACAUCGCAGCGAAAACUGAGGCUGGUGUUCUAGCUAAGACGUAUAUAAAAAAAGGAUUGCUUGUGCCAGACCAUGUCAUGACGCGUCUUCUGCUGCCUAGAUUGGAGGAGAUGACCAAAUACAGCUGGUUGUUGGAUGGUUUCCCUCGAACACUAGCUCAGGCUGAAGCCCUGAACAGUGCCUGUGAUCUGGAUGUUGCCAUCAACCUCAACAUCCCUCUGGAAACACUGAAGGAAAGGCUGCAACAUCGAUGGAUACAUCCACCCAGCGGCAGAGUGUACAAUAUGUGCUUUAAUCCUCCCCACGUCCAGGGGAAAGAUGACAUCACAGGAGAGCCAUUGAUUCAACAGGAGGAUGACAGACCAGAAGCCCUGGUGGCCAGACUGAGACACUACAAAGAUGUUGCCAAACCUGUCAUAGACUUUUAUAAGGCUAAAGGCAUCCUGUACACAUUCUCGGACACAGAGACAGAUCGGAUCUGGCCGAAUAUCAGCACACUUCUCAGCACAAAGAUCUCCACCAUCCAAUCAGAUGCUCGUUGUGCUUCAACUCACUGAGGAAAUCCACUGAAGUCUCAUAUCAAAGACACCGAAGUGGCCUCAUCUCAGAGGAAUUACUAAUUGACCACAUUUGGUUUCCAAAGAUUCCAUGCUAGUCAUUUUUAUUAUCACAACUUGUCCAUUGGUAGUAUAGUAUUAUUCUUCAUAGUGCUAGCUUUGAUUAUUUCUGUUUCUGACAAGAUUUAAUACAUUUGAAGGACUUGCUCUCCGCUUUUAGCAUUUGCUGGAAUCUGGGAAUCAGUCUGUAAAAUUCAACUUAUAUCUUACAAGUACAAUAGUUGUGAAAGAGAGUUGAUGAUUCCUAGAUUUCAACUCAGAGUGCACAAAUUUAUAUAGAUGUGAUUAAAUCACAUUAGAAUAAUGAAGGGUAGACGCAUGUGACCUUGUGUAAGUGAAU